AGCUAUGAGCUAAUAUACAUAACAACAUUCUUUAAAAACAAUACUGCAUGUUUAAUAUUACUAAAAAUAUUUUCCCGUUAGUCUUUCUGCGACUGUGGCGCUCGUAAGAGUAGCAAAAUGUUUUGGUUAAUAUUUUUAAAUGGUCUAGUAGUAAUAAUAAGUGCACUGGAAUCACGAGUUUUCAAUGGCAAUUUAUUGCGCCCAGGAGAGCACGGGUAUCUGGUGCAACUCGAUAUAGAUUCUAUAUACAAGUGUAGUGGUUCAAUUAUCAGUGAAAGAUGGAUUCUUUCUUCCGCACAUUGCUUCUCAUUUCCUGUGAAUAUUGUAAACGUCUUUCAGAAGGCUGGGACGGGAAGGAAUAGACACAUAGCAACAGUAAGCUCAAAAAGAAUAAUAAUACAUUCAGAUUAUGUUCACCAUAGCAAUGAGAUUGCAAAUAGAGAUAAUGACAUAGCUCUGCUUAAAACUACGAAGGCAAUACGCUUUAAUGAAAAAAUUUGGGCGAUUAAAAUAGCAAAAAAAUCGCCGAGCAUUGGUCAAUCGGCUGUCAUAGCUGGGUAUGGGGACAACGAAUCUAAGCAGCUAUUGCCUAAAUAUGGCAUAGUUCGUGUUACGCAGUGCCCUUAUCACGUUGUUGAGCAUUUGGUAUGUUCGUUCGAUAAAGUGAGGGCAGGAAACGCGGACUCUGGAGGAGCGCUAACUUGGCAAGACACACUUGUGGGAGUCAUUUCUGCGAGUUGUACUGAUGCUGAUAAAUUGGAUGUAGAAAAUUGUACGACUGUAUAUGCAAAUGUUGCCGCUCAUUAUAAUUGGAUUACAGACUGGAUGAAUAUAUUAGAUUAAUAAAUGUAAUAAUAAAGCUCGUUUCAUUUU